AUGAUUGCUACUGUUCUCCGUCGGUUGAGGGAUCUCGACUCGGUUGUACGAUCCGCUUGCAUCGACGUUGUUGCUGAGAUAUCGUCGCGCAUCACUCGUCCUUCGUUCACCGUUGCGUUCCUGAGGCCGUUUAUGGACGCGUUAACGCUGGAGCAGGACGUGAAUGUGCAGAUCGGCGCUUCGCUGUGCCUUGCGGCGGCUAUUGAUGCAGCGCCGGUGCCGGACGUUGAGUCGCUCCGGAGGAUUACGCUUCCGAGGCUAGGGAAGCUUCUGAAGACUGACUCGUGUAAGGCGAAGGCGCCGUUGUUGGUGCUAAUCGGGAGUGUGGUUUCCGUUGGUGGUGCUUCGAGUCGUGGAGUAAUGAGUUGGUUGGUUCCGUGCGUUGUUGAGUUUCUCGGCAGUGAGGAUUGGAAUGUGAGAAAAGCCUGUGCGGAAGCGUUGGGGAAAGUAUCUUCAAUGGAGAAAGAUUUGGCAUCGCAUCAUAAAGUUAUGUAUACCACUGAUUACCUGUGGCAUACAACAAGCAUACUUAUUGGCAAAAAUGACGAGUUCCUAAAGAAAGGAAGCGAACCAGUUCUUGUAAUAGAAUCCAAGGGUCAUGCUCUCCAUGCUUUUGUGAAUCAGAAAUAUCAAGGCACUGCAUAUGGAAAUGGUUCACACUCACCAUUCACUUUCAAGAAUCCCAUCUCUCUCAAGGCAGGGAAGAAUGAAAUUGCGUUAUUGAGUUUGACAGUUGGCUUGCAGACAGCUGGACCAUUUUACGAGUUCGUAGGGGCGGGAGUAACAACUGUAAAGAUUAAUGGACUUAACAACAAGACGAUAGACUUGUCGUCUAAUGCGUGGACUUACAAGAUUAGAGUACAAGGAGAACAUCAAAGGUUACACCUGGUAGAUGGGUUGAAUAAUACGAAAUGGACAUCUACUUCAGAAGCACCAAAAGGCCAAGCACUGACAUGGUACAAGGCUACUGUGGAUGCCCCACCUGGGGAUGAACCAGUUGGGUUUUAA